AAUCAAAGUCCCUCAGAAGAGCUCUGCUGCUGGACAAACGCAGCUCUUAUACCAUGAAUGCACUCUUCUUUCUCACAGCGCUGGUGCUUUGGCCUGAUGCAGCUCAUGCACACCGCAGCGCUCUCAAUGACUUCCAGCGGACUGAGGGGAGAGAGCUGGUUCUGAAGUCCUGGAACGUAAACCGUCUGACUGAACUUCCGGGAAUCACUUUGGAGGAUUGUGCUAAACGCUGCACUGAGAGUCCAGAAUGCAGAGCUUUCAAUUAUGAGUUUCGUCCGUCGGUGGUGUGUAAGCAUCUGCCCUGGGUGGGCGACGGAGUCAAUGCAGACGUCAAGAGAAACGUGAACUGUGACCUAUACGAGAUGAAAGUCUAUGUAAGGAAAUGCAUCGUGGGUAAAGGAGAAGACUAUCGAGGGAAAGUGUCGACGACUAUGAAAGGACGAACGUGUCAACAGUGGUGGUCGAAAUUCCCUCAUGACCACAGAUGGACUCCGUCUGCUACUAAUGGCCUGGAGCUGAACUAUUGUCGUAAUCCGGAUGGCGACCGCAUCGGGCCCUGGUGCUACACAACUGACCCUGAACGCAGAUAUGAGAGCUGCGACAUCCCUCAGUGCAAAGACGAGGUGUGCAUCACAUGUAAUGGUGAAGAUUACAGAGGUCAGGUGGAUCACACGGUGAGCGGUAAAGAGUGUCAGAGAUGGGACCAGCAGUAUCCUCAUCAACACAUCUACCAGCCAGAAAAAUAUCCUGAUAAAAGUUUGGAUGAUAACUAUUGCCGUAACCCGGACGCGUCUCCGGUGCCCUGGUGCUACACCACUGACGAGACGGUGGAGAGAGAGAGCUGUGAUAUACGCAAGUGCCCCGAGUCUCCCAAGCGGCGUCUUCGCUCCGGCUACACCACUAACUGUUUUCGGGGUCGUGGAGAGGAUUACAGGGGCAAAGUCAACGAAACAACCUCUGGAAUCCCUUGUCAGCGCUGGGACGCACAGAAACCCCACGAACACCCGUUCUUCCCCAAAACCUACGAGUGCAAGGGUCUGGAGGAGAACUACUGCCGUAACCCGGACGGCUCGGAGGCGCCCUGGUGUUUCACGUCUAUCUCUGAUAUGAGGACGGCUCUGUGUCUUCAGAUCAAGCGCUGCGCGGAUGACAUUGAGGCCGAGGAUUGCUAUAAUGAAAUCGGCAAAAACUAUCGGGGUGUUGUCCGCAAGACACGUAAAGGUAUUCUCUGCCAGAAAUGGAGCGUCAAUACACCUCACAAAACCAAGAUAAACCCCCAAACACACCCAGAGGCCAAUCUGACCGACAACUACUGCAGGAACCCAGAUGGAGACCACCACGGACCCUGGUGCUACACCUCUGACCCCAAAACUGAAUUUGACUACUGUGCCAUCAAGCAGUGUGCUGGGGAGAAAGUGCCAAUCAUCGGGCCAACAACGGAGGUUGUGUUUAACGAGUGUGGAAAGCGUGACGACCGUCGUGUCAAGUCCAAGUUAAGAAUAGUGGGCGGCACACCUGGAAACUCUCCCUGGACCGUCAGCCUUAGAGACCGGAAAGGCAAUCACUUCUGUGGAGGUUCUCUGGUCAAUUCUGAAUGGGUCAUCAGCACCAAACAAUGCUUUUCUUCCUGUUACGUGGAUCUCACAGGAUAUAGUGCUAUGAUGGGCACCUUGUUCCGUGAUCCAAAGGAAGGAGAUCCAGAUAGACAAACCAUUGCUCUCACCAAGAUCGUCUGCGGCCCGUCUGAAUCACACCUGGUCAUGCUUCAGCUAGAAACGCCUGCCCAGUUUAAUGAUCGUGUGUCUCAAAUCUGUCUUCCUCCUGAGCGCUACAUCGUGCCAGAGGGGACCGUCUGUGAAAUUGCUGGUUGGGGAGAAACAAAAGGAAAGGGGGAUGAAACUGUUCUGAAUGUGGCUCAGAUGCCCGUACUGAGCAAUAAAGACUGUAACCCAUAUUUCAAGGGUCGUGUCCGUGAGAAUGAGAUGUGCACCAUGCCUUUCCAGGCUGGAGUGGGCGCCUGUGAGAGAGACUACGGUGGCCCUCUGGCCUGUCAGAACAGCGACUGUUGGGUUCUGGAGGGGGUCAUCAUACCCAUGCGCCGCUGCGGACACUCGGGACAGCCAAACAUCUUCAUCCGUGUGUCUGUGUAUGUGGAUUGGAUUAAGAAGGUCAUGGAGAUGACCUAGCUAGACCUGCUCAUAACGCAACACAACACAACACACACAUGACAGCAGCAUGACUUUACAAGACAUUUCACACUGCCUCAUCUUCAUAUAUAUAUAUAUAUAUAUAUAUAUAUAUAUAUACUGUAUAUAUAUAUAUGUAUAGAUACACUGCUCAAAAAAUAAAGGGAACACUAAAGU